AUGAUGCCAGGCAGCCAUUCACAGUCGCUAGCCAAACGCUACGAGCAGAUUAAACUCAUAGACGAGAAUAAGGAUGAUCUAAUUGAAGACCUGCUCAGACGAGUGAACGAACUUGAAGAUGUCUACCAACAGACUAAGCUCGACCGCGAGCGUGAAAUACGUUUCAAUCGAGAUAUUCAACUCCAUGAGAUGGAGCUGAUGAAUCAAAUCCAGAGAAUAAAGAAAAUAAUGGACCGUGAGCCGUAUAUUAUUGUCCUCCUGGAUGGCGACGGGAUGAUAUUUCACGACCAGUACCUUCGCAAUGGUGAACAAGGUGGUAAAGAUGCCGCAAACCAGCUAGCGUCCGCGCUCAAUCAUUACGUUUCGCGGAAUUUGCCCAACGUUACGUCGCCAAAGCUUGUUACUCGUGUCUAUGCAAACGUUAGCGGCCUGGGCAAUGCCUGUUAUCAUGCCGGUAUAGUUGAUAAGCCUUCAGUAAUAGAUGAUUUUGUGCGUGGUUUUAAUGAAAGUCGCCUGCUCUUCGACUUUGUGGACGUUGGACACGGUAAAGACAGAGCUGAUGAUAAAAUUUCCGAAACUUUUAAGCUUAAUUUGUACAACUGUCAUUGCCAUCAGAUCUUCUUAGGGUGCUCUCAUGACAACGGAUAUGCGCGUCUUCUGGAAGAAACAAUAGCCGAUAUUGAACUUCUUGGUCGGAUAUCCUUGGUGGAAGGCAUUCCUUUUGAAAGGGAGUUGGAAUCCAUUAAGAAUUCUUAUCGUGUGACUCAGUUCCCAGAUCUCUUCCGAACCACCAAAAUAGUGGUCAAGACACCAUUGAAGACUCAUACUGCAAUGUUAUCGCCUCAUCCUACCGGGGCAACUUUGACUCGCACUUCCACAAAUACAUCUUCCAGUUCCAGCAACACACCGAUCUCAUCAUCUUCUUGGGCUUCGGUGACUGCCUUGAAUCCUGGUGACGUGACUUUGCAGCUUAACAAGCCUUCCAGCCCAGCCCCGACAAGUGAGCCUGUGGUACAGCGAAAUAAAGUUGGUCAGAGGAUUGAUCGCAUGGACUUCAAAAACCUCUCCAAAGAUGAAUUGAACCGAGUAAAGAAGAUGAAACUCUGCAAUCUCUUCUUCUUACUGGGGAGCUGUCCUAAUACAAAUUGCUAUCACGACCACGACCACAAACUUACUAGGGAUGAAAAGGAAGUUUUGCGUGCGGUAGCUCGUAUGACACCUUGUCAUUUUGGAAUGUCAUGUGAGGACCCAAAAUGUAUUUAUGGGCAUCGUUGCCCCCAAAGCGAGGUCGGUAAGAAAGACUGUCACUGGGGCAGCAACUGCCGGUUCGAACCUGCACAGCAUGGGAUAGAUCUCACUGUUGUUAAAACAACCAAGGUUUAG